AUGAUGUUGUUGCCGGUGGAAGUCGAAUCGGAAGUUGGUAAGCUAGAGAUUGAUUGGAAGAUCUGGAUUUUGAGUACCAAACUCGAGAGCUUGGAUAUUCAGGCAGAGGAUGAAUCAUUGCUCCAGGCACCUGGAAAGGAUAUCGGUGUUUCGGAGAGCCUCGAAACAGAAGUAUUCAUCAUCGGUGGCGGCAAUGCGUACGUGAACACUCAGAAGUCUGCUUGA